AUGGCCACCGACUCCAGAUCUGAAGCCACUGCCGCCAAUGGAACCGAAAACCCUGUUCCUUCUCCAACACCAUCACUUCAAUCCACCCACAAAAUCGCCUUGAUCACAGGCAUUACUGGCCAAGAUGGCUCCUACUUGACCGAAUUUUUGCUUAACAAAGGCUACGAAGUACAUGGCCUUAUUCGCAGAUCCUCCAAUUUCAACACCCAACGGAUCAAUCACAUCUAUAUUGAUCCCCACAAUGCCCACAAGGCCCGGAUGAAGCUCCACUAUGCAGACCUCACUGACGCCUCCUCCCUCCGCCGCUGGCUUGAUAUCAUCCAGCCUGAUGAGGUUUACAACCUUGCCGCACAGUCCCAUGUCGCAGUUUCUUUUGAGAUUCCGGAUUACACCGCCGAUGUAGUGGCUACUGGGGCUCUUCGUCUUCUGGAGGCGGUCCGGUCCCACAUAUCCGCCUCUGGAAGAUCUCAUAUUCGGUAUUACCAGGCGGGUUCGUCUGAGAUGUUCGGAUCCACUCCUCCACCGCAGACGGAGUCGUCUCCGUUCCACCCCCGGUCCCCUUACGCGGUUUCUAAGUGCGCCGCCCAUUGGUACACUGUCAAUUAUCGCGAAGCGUAUGGAAUUUUUGCGUGCAAUGGGAUUCUGUUCAACCAUGAGUCCCCCAAGAGGGGCGAAAACUUUGUGACCCGGAAGAUCACCCGGGCAGUGGGGCGGAUCAAGAUCGGAUUACAGAGCAAGCUCUUCCUGGGGAAUUUGCAGGCCUCGAGAGAUUGGGGUUUCGCGGGUGACUAUGUUGAAGCAAUGUGGUUGAUGCUACAGCAAGAAAAACCGGACGACUACGUGGUGGCAACCGAAGAAUCUCACACGGUGGAGGAAUUCUUAGAGGUAGCGUUUGGGUAUGUGGGAUUGAAAUGGAAGGAUCAUGUAGUGAUUGACAAGAGGUAUUUUAGGCCGGCAGAAGUGGAUAAUUUGAAAGGGAUUGCAAGCAAGGCCAAGAAAGUACUGGGAUGGAAACCCAAAGUAGGAUUUGAGCAGCUUGUGAAAAUGAUGGUGGAUGAAGAUAUUGAAUUGGCUAAAAGAGAGAAAGUUCUUGUUGAUGCUGGCUAUAUGGAUGCCCAACAACAGCCUUGA